AUUAGAGAACACAAAAUGAAUAACUCAACAAACUCCUCUAACAAUGGCCUGGCUCUGACCAGUCCUUAUAAGACAUUUGAAGUGGUAUUUAUUGUCCUUGUGGCUGGAUCCCUCAGUCUGGUGACCAUUAUUGGGAACAUCCUGGUCAUGGUCUCCAUCAAAGUCAACCGCCACCUCCAGACCGUCAACAAUUACUUUUUGUUCAGCUUGGCCUGUGCUGACCUCAUCAUUGGUGUCUUCUCCAUGAACUUGUAUACCCUGUACACUGUGAUUGGCUACUGGCCUUUGGGACCCGUGGUGUGUGACCUUUGGCUCGCCCUGGACUAUGUGGUCAGCAACGCCUCAGUGAUGAAUCUGCUCAUUAUCAGCUUUGACAGGUACUUCUGUGUCACAAAACCGCUGACCUACCCUGUCAAGCGGACCACGAAAAUGGCAGGUAUGAUGAUCGCAGCAGCCUGGGUCCUCUCCUUCAUCCUGUGGGCUCCGGCCAUUCUCUUCUGGCAGUUCAUUGUGGGCGUGAGAACUGUGAAGGACGGGGAAUGCUACAUUCAGUUUUUUUCCAAUGCCGCUGUCACCUUUGGUACUGCCAUUGCAGCCUUCUACUUGCCCGUGAUCAUCAUGACUGUGUUAUACUGGCACAUAUCCCGGGCCAGCAAGAGCAGGAUCAAGAAGGACAAGAAGGAGCCUGCAUCCAACCAAGACCCAGUGUCUCCAAGUCUGGUCCAAGGACGGAUAGUGAAGCCAAACAACAACAACACGCCCGGCAGCAACGACGGCCUGGAACACAACAAGAUCCAGAACGGCAAAGCCCUCCGAGAUGCUGGGACCGAGAACUGUGUCCAGGGGGAGGAGAAAGAAAGCUCCAACGACUCCACCUCCGUCAGUGCCGUGGCCUCUAACAUGAGAGAUGAUGAGAUAACCCAGGAUGAAAACACUGUUUCCACUUCCCUGGGCCAUUCCAAAGAGGAGAACUCGAAGCAAACAUGCAUCAAAAUUGUCACCAAGACCCAAAAAGGUGACUCAGGUACCCCGACCAAUACCACCGUGGAGCUAGUUGGGCCUUCAGGUCAGAAUGACGAUGAAAAACAGAACAUCGUCGCUCGCAAGAUUGUGAAGAUGACCAAGCAGCCUGCAAAAAAGAAGCCUCCUCCUUCCCGGGAAAAGAAAGUGACCAGGACGAUCUUGGCUAUUCUGUUGGCUUUCAUCAUCACUUGGGCUCCAUACAAUGUCAUGGUGCUUAUCAACACCUUCUGCGCACCCUGCAUCCCCAAUACAGUGUGGACCAUUGGGUAUUGGCUUUGUUACAUCAACAGCACUAUCAACCCUGCCUGCUACGCACUUUGCAAUGCCACCUUCAAGAAGACCUUUAAACACCUUCUCAUGUGUCAUUACAAGAACAUAGGCGCAACAAGGUAA